AAAUAUUAAUAUUUUUAUUUUAUUUUUUUAAUAAGAUAUCUCAACAAAUAAUAAUAAUAAUAAUAUGAAACCAUCAUCAAUGGUACUACCGAUGAUGAUGGUGACCAUCAUCUAUUACCUGGCCAUUGUAGGUCUGACCACUGGUGACGACUAUUCAAGUCAAUUCUAUAAUCAGGCACUCGAUUCGGCCAAUCCCGAUUCGGUAUGGCCGCCAUCAUCGGACAACGGUGAACAACAAUCUUUCAAAUACCCGUUCAGUUUCGCCCACCGUUCCCUCUACUCGGCCGGCUGGGCUCGUCAGGUCAACGUCAACGAUUUGCCGAUUGCCAAAAAUAUGGCCGGUGUCCAAAUGAAAUUGAUUGCCGGCGGUAUCCGAGAAAUGCAUUGGCACGUAUCGGACGAGUGGGCCUACGUUAUCGAGGGUCACUGUCGGGUGACUAUUGUAUCGCCCGAAGCCAAAGGACAUGUAGCCGAUAUUAAACAAUCGGAUCUAUGGUUUUUCCCGAGCGGUUGGGCCCAUUCGAUACAGGGUAUCGGUAAGGACGGUUGUUUUUUCAUACUAACCUUCAACCAAGGUGAUUUCAAUGAUUUCGGUACAUUCCUGCUAACCGAUUAUCUCAUACAUACACCGCAUUUGGUUACCGAUUUGAAUUUUGCCACCACUGGCCGUACGUUUGCCCGAUCGCCUAAAUCGACACUCUAUAUAUUCCCGUCACAACUGCCCGGCCCGUUGGACAAGGAGUUGGCCGCUGUAGCCAAAGGUACGGGACUAACACCGCCGAUAACUUUCGAUUCGACCAAAAUCGAGCCGAACGUUACCCGUACGGGUGGUUCGGUCAAGAUUAUCGAUCGCCGUAAUUUUCCGCUGACCACAAUAGCGUCGGCCAUAUUGACCAUCAAUCCGGGCGGUAUGCGUGAAAUGCAUUGGCACCCGAAUGCCGACGAAUGGGGUUAUCUGGUCAGAGGUCAGGCCCGUAUUACAACGUUUGCGGCCAACGGCGAGGCCCGGACUAUGGACUUCCAGGAGGGCGACGUUAGUUACGUUCCCCGAGCUAUGGGACAUUAUAUCCAAAAUACCGGUAAUACUACCGUAACUUUUCUGGAAGUAUUCCCGACACCCUAUUUCGCUGAUAUGUCAUUGGCUACCUGGUUGGCCCAUACGCCCGAACAGCUAGUAGACGCCCAUUUACAUACCGGUGCCAAGUUUUUGGAUGGUAUAUACAAAGAGAAAGCCGUUUUCCGUCCCCUUUAAAGUGUCACUGUGUAAGUGUAAGGGGGGGGGAAGGCAUGGGGUUUUAGGGAUAACCGUUUAUUUUGAUGAUUUU